AUGGAAGCCAGGAACCAUACCAUGGUGUCUGAGUUCAUCAUGACGGGACUCUUUGAAUAUCCUCACCUCCAGGGUCUGUUCUUUGGAGUCAUCCUGUGCCUCUUCAUGGCUGCCAUCCAGGGCAACUCCCUGAUCAUCCUGGCAAUUGCCCUCCACCCGCCUCUGCACAAACCCAUGUACUUCUUCAUUGCUAACCUGGCUCUAAUUGACAUUAUCUGCACCUCCUGUGUUCUGCCCAAAAUGAUGCAGAACCUGAUACUGGGAAAGAAAACUAUAUCCUUUAGUGGCUGCAUGGCUCAGCUCUUUACCUUCACAUUCUCAACAUCAACAGAGCUUAUGCUCCUCACUGCUAUGGCCUUUGACCGGUACAUGGCCAUAUGUCAUCCCUUACACUAUGCAGUUGUCAUGACCAAGAAUGUCUGUAUCACAAUAGCAUCCUGCAUCUGGGCAGUGGGAGCCUUCAAUUCCAUAGUAAACACAUUGCUUAUGCUACGAUUAGAGUUCUGUGGAUCUAACCUCAUCCAGCACUUCUUCUGUGAGAUCCCAGCCGUGCUGGCAAUAUCCUGCAGCUCAACUUACCUCAAUGAAGUUAUGGACUUCAUGGCUGAUAUUUUCCUAGCCAUGGGAAACUUCUUGCUUAUCAUUGUGUCUUAUGGAUUCAUCAUCAGAAGCAUCCUGAAAAUUCAGGGCUCAGAAGGGAAGCAAAGAGCCUUCUCUACAUGUUCUUCACAUCUUGUUGUGGUUGGCCUCUACUACUCCACUGUCAUCUACACCUAUGUCCAGCCACCCUCUAGCUACUCCAUGGAUAAGGACAAGAUGGUGGUGGCUGUGCUGUACACCCUUGUUACUCCUGUGCUGAAUCCUCUGAUAUAUAGCCUACGUAACAAGGAGGUCAAAGUGGCCUUCAGGAAAAUCCUUCUAUUCUGCAAAAUGAAUUAA